AUGGAAAUGGGAAAUGCCUCUCACCCGGUGAUGUUUGUUAAGAAACUGAACCUUGUCGAUAUAAAAGAGCGAUAUAAAGCUCUAAAGAAAACAUACCACGAGAAUCUUGUGAACUUGAUUGAUAUAUCGCUUGGUCGAGAUGCUGUUUACUUAGUCUAUGAGCGAACGGGAUUGUCUUUGAAGGAAAUCAAAGCGCAUGGACGAGUUCUGUUUGAUGAAAUUUCCGUGGCAACGAUAUGUAGAGAGAUGAUACACGGAUUGAUAUAUAUACAUGACGUCCUAAAGCAACAUCAUGGUGAUCUACAUUGUGGCAACGUUUAUAUCAAUGAGGAUGGCGAAGUUCAUAUUGGAGAUAUUGGAAAUAGUAUGAUCAGAAAGGAAGAUGAAAACGGAAUCUCUCAUGAUAUUCAAGCAAUCUAUAAGAUUGCCUCGUCUCUCCUUGAUAUUGAGGCCCGCUCAGAUAGAAGGAGCAUGUCAUUCUACCUAGCUGACCAUUUCACAAAGUUGCUAUCUGAUAUUCCGCUUCAAGAGCUUCUCAAGGUAUGAAGAAAUAGUAGUGAUGAAAUGCUGAUAUGAUUCUGAUCUAAUGUUAUUACAGCACCCAUUUUUGAAGAUUGGACAGGGAUGUUGGUAUUUGGCAAAUCUUGGAGUCUUAUAUACCUUUGGAGUGCAGAGAAACUCGUGGUUUGGCCACCAGCUCAUGGGAGAAAAUUAUGAUGACACGGAAUCUGAGGAAGAGCGAAUACUCUAAUACGAUAGCUUUCUUGCAAGGCUUAGUUUGAGCAAGACGAUAGGGCCAUCUGAUUGUAUUUAGUUUUCAUAUUAAGAAAUAAAGCCUGCGAUAAUUAACUUCAUU